AAUGACACGGAUGGCCCAUAUGUCCCUGUAACGAUAACAGGAUGGCUGUGUGUAUAGGUCUAGAUACGUUGACGACCAGGAAGAAAGACGAAAAUUUUAUGAACGUUGGCGCAUUCGACAAUGUGUAUAAUAUUAUUUAAAACGUGAUUACUCUUUAAAUGAAACCAUGGAAAAGAAGCAAAGGCAGAAAGCGUAUAAAAAGCCCUGCCAUAAUCCCACAUGCAAUGUUUCAAAACGGAAAGAAAAAAUGAAGAAUAAAAACACUACCAAAGCGAAAUCACACGAAAUGAGCGAUGAACUAUACAAGAUGGAAAUGCGAGAUUAUAUCGAAAUGUUGAACAGCUGUCCAAAAGAAAAGAAAUAUACAGACCGUCCAAAAAUUAAAAUGCUUAUUUAUGCCAGUCAACACAAUAAACGUAAGGAUCUCGAGUAUUUAUAUUCGCGAAAAAAACUGAAUGUGAAUUUAAAAAUCCUUUUAAAGCAUGCAAUAUUCCGUGAUCAUGAAGAUCUUGGAGUGUGGUUUCUUCAAAAAAUUAAAUAUGGUGCAAAAUUUGAAAAUUUCAGAAACUCUCCUUUACUGCAUGUUGCAGUUAACAAAGGAUUUGCUAACGUUGUCACCGUACUUUUGGAACAGCACUCUGUAGAUGUCAAUGCUAGAGAUGGCAAUGGUGAAACAGCCUUGCACCUGGCCUCGAGGAAGGACAAUGAACACCCCACAAUUUGUAGAAUACUCCUAGAACACGGCGCCAGAACCGAUAUCUCUGAUAGGAACGGCAUUUUACCAUUACAUCGAUUGUCUCGUGACAGUUACAGUACUAAAAUGAUUGACCUUUUACUGGAAUUCAAGGCAGAUAUAGAAGCUUUAGAUAGAUAUGGAAAACGACCACUGGAAUAUGCGUUUGAUAGAAAGUUCAACAAGCAGACAGUUGUGUGCCACCUGAUCAGACAGGGAGCAAAGAUAAAACCAAUUCUUCGUGAAAUACGCAACAGGAGCCCUAAAGCCAAUGUAAAUGAUAUGUCUGUGCUUGACUGUGUAGAUCUGACAGGGGAUGUUGGAGCACUCGUCGAUCUUCUGAAAGAGGACGGGGAUACAUCUACGCUGUGUAAAUCCAACAAAGACGCUACAGUAAAACGUUUGCUCAGAUAUGUUAAACUGACAGGAAGUCAUCGUCUCCGUCGAUGUUUGCAGGAAAGAAGUCUAUCAAUCGAAGACAAAAGUCCGUCUGAUGUACAAAGGCAAUGCAAUUUUGAAAGUGAAGAUAAACCAGCCGUAUAUAAACAAGGGCAAUCCGAGCAACGUGUGGUGAUUCUUCAUUUUGAAGCAGUGGAUAGACGUGAAUUUCUUUUGGCAAUAGGAGGCGAUGAAUUGACAAACAAAUUACACGUGAAUCCCGAUGCCAUAGACGUGGUAGUGGUUGUAUCGCCCUCCAAUGACGAGGAGUCUAUUCAGAAAGUAUUCACACUAGCUGCACAGCACCUUAUAAACGCAGCCCAUGGAAUUCCAGGGGAAGACCCACUUAAAUUCAUUCACAUUCACACAAGCAAGUUUCUUGCAGAUACAUCGUUACCGUACAUAAUUCGUUCCGAUCUGCAGUGUUCAAAACUUAGCGGGAAGAGGUUGCCUUACGAUUGCCUUCCAAUGCAUCAUGAAAUCCUUCACAAACGUAGUGAUGCACUUCAAAACAUGCUGAACCGUGGAAUAGAAGAUGUGAACGCUGAGGAUGAAGCUGGAUGGACAGCAUUGCAUCUUGCAAUUCUCUUAGGAGAAACCAAAAUAGUAAAAAUGCUGCUGGACCACGGAGCCAAUGCUGCAUCCCGUCCGACACAUUAUCUUCCUGCCUUUGUCUAUACAGAGUGGAAGGGAAAAUCGCGCAUGACAUUGUCACCACUCACUCUUUCUGUGCGCCUCAACUUGAAGGAAAUAGUGCAGGUACUUACUGAAAGAAAUCCAGGAUAUCCUUCAAUGGACACCUGCAUCAAAUUGUCUUAUGGAAUGAAAACCGAGUCAGCGUUGCUUGAAUCAGUCUGUAGGGAAGCAGAAAGAAGACAUAAAGAUGUUGGUGCUCGCUUUGAACCGACAUACACAGUUCACAAGAAUCUACCGAUUGAACGAGUUUGCCUUGGAUGUUCGGAAGAUGUUGAUGAAAUUGAGAAGAAAGAAGACAUACAUGGCGUAAGCGUUGUCAUCAUAAACACGGAUAUAUCCCCGGAGAGCAACUGGAUAGAGACAACUGAAAUGACAAAAGAUGAGGAAGACAAAUGUAAGUCAGUAAUUGACUUAUGGGCUGACUACCUUUGGGAUCAGCAUCCGAAUUUAAAUGCAAUCACUGCUGGAAGCCUAACAAGUGUGAAAUGUCCAGAAGCCAAACCUACAGGACACAUCAUUCUACACUGUUCACACAAGGGAUACGUUCCCCAUGAGAGCAACUGCUUUCCAACUGAAUUAAAAUGUGAGAAAGGAACAAUGCCUGUUGCAGUACUUGAGGGGGAAUUCAGUUUAAGCCCUUUGCCCUUGGUCACUGACCAUGGAAACUCAAAAUCCUUACCAGGUGUCUCUGGAUUAACACCAUCCGAUAACGAUGGACACUCAAAUUCGUCACAAGUUGUCUCCGGAUUAACACCAUCCGAAUACGAUGGACACUCAAAUUCAUCACAAGUUGUCUCUGGAGUGAUUCCAUCCGAAAACGAUGGACACUCAAAUUCGUCACAAGUUGUCUCUGGAUUAACACCAUCCGAUAACGAUGGACACUUAAAUUCGUCACAAGUUGUCUCUGGAGUGAUUCCAUCUGAACACGAUGGACACUCAAAUUCCUCACCAGGUGUCUCUGGAGUGAUUCCAUCCGAAAACGAUGGACACACAAAAUCCUCACCAGGUGUCUCUGGAGUGAUUCCAUCCAAGGCUUACCAAGGAGAGCAAGAUGCCACCACGUGUGUCUGUGCUGCAUCUGCUUCGUCCAAAAAAGCGACAAAGAGAAAUCCAAUGAAAACUGAUGAACAUCUUUCGUUGAAAUUAGGAAUGCACUUAUGCAAAUCACAAUCCAUUGCCAUCACAGCGUAUGUAGGAACAGUUGGAUCCUUCGUUGAAAUGGGCAACGGUAAAACUGGGUUCAUAACAUGUGCUCAUCUGUUUUAUAACCAGGCUAUAUCCGAGGGGAAACAGCCCAUACACUUCAGUUGUUCACAAGAAAGAUGUGGUGCUGACGUCAUCGCUCCUUUUGACCACUUUAGUGAAAAAGUCUUAAGGGGAGUUACAUAUAUGGAAAUCGAUGAUGACCCCGUUUGUAAAGAUGAUGACGAUGACGAAAAUGGAAGGAAUGUGUACUGGGAGUGUGGAAAAGUAGUCCGAGCUAGAUUUGACUCCACGUUAGAAACCGGCAUAGAUGCAGCAAUCGUGGAAAUUGACAAAGACAGAGCGCCAUGUGAUGGGUCCUUUGAUGACAUAAAGCAUAUUCAUCUCCGAAACGCAAAAAUGGACUGGAAACACCCACCCACAUUUACCUCUGGAAAACAAGCAGAUGCAUCAUAUCUGGAUGCAAUGUCCUCGAGUGAACGCCCAAUCAGAUGCAUGAAGCUGGGAGCAAGUUCUGGGCUGUCUGUAGGUAUUCUGACAUGGAAGCAUGGUCAGAUAAGACUACCGGACUCUCCACGUCUUGGGAUUGAAAGAGAUUCUCUUAACAAAUAUGUCAUGAAGGGACAAUUCGUCAUAAGUGAAUAUAACAGAAAACAAUUUUUUGAAUGUGGUGAUUCUGGUUCGGCAGUUUUUGUCAUGAAGAGAGACGCCCAGCAUUAUUAUCCAGACGCUUGUUUAGGUAUCGCCAUUGGGUUUCUUGACAAGAAAACUUUUGUCACUCCAAUAGGCAGCAUUCUCGAUAUAUUGAAAGCAGAUAAUUUGCCAGAACUCGCCCUCAAGAAGUUUAAGUAAGAAUAUCAAUUCCUCGUACGUCAUAUUGAAGUAUACGGACGCCUACGGUCGUGACACAAUUUAUAUCAAUCAAUUUCUGUUACAUUCCAUUUAAUCGAUUCAGGACGGUCACUAACGGCCGCAUUGCAAAUCUGUGUUGUAUGUUUGUAUAUCGCCCAUUCAUGUUUCAGUGCUCUUGGAAACAUAAUAUUUCAAAAACGACAGCUGGAGUGAACGUCAGAGGUUAUCAUUCAGUGUGCUUACUAGAAAUAACUCGUUCAUAACUUCUGAGAUAUAAUCUAACUAAAUGAUAAAGUUACAUAUUUACGUUUGCUAUUUUUUUUACCAUGAACAUUUAAACUUGUUUACUCUUAGGCAGACAACUGCUUAGGGGAAGUGUCGUCUUCAAUAUCGACGUCGACAAAACUCCAAUGGAAUAUCUUCUUUGUUAUAAUAAAUGAUGCAGUGGUACCCUUUAUCUUAAGGGAUGAAAAGAAGAUCACCAUAUUACACACCAGCACAAAAUAAAUCAAGGACAGAUGUGUUAUGGCAUUGUGCAGUUUGUCUCCCCUUUCACAUACAUGCAGGAAUACGUUUUUAUUUACUUGUACAUGUAUCUGUAUUUAAUACGGAAAUACAACCUGUUAAUCAAAUAAUGUUUUUGAUGGUUGAUUAGGAAGAUAUGUAAAUGUAUGUAUUUGAAUUAAAUAAGAUGAUAGGAUAGCGCUAUCAUUACUUGUUUGAGAAUA